AUUAUUUGUCUGUUCCACCUCACGGGAGACUUUCGUGGAGCCUGAAGAGCCAUCCGAAGUCCGAACCAAUUAACAGACCAAACUACAAGCAAUGUGUAUCGUGGAGUCUGAAGAGCCACCCGAACGGGUUGCUGUGUUUCUUCUACCUUCUCGUAUUUGAGCUCCCGUCGAUCAUCGUGGAGUCAUAACCAGAAAUGAUUCCCCAAGCUGCCAUGGCGAUGUCGCCAUCUUAUGCUUCCGCCUGGACAACGCCACUUCUCAGUUUCAAUGCCGUAUCAAUUUCAGGAAUGUUUCUGAAGCGACCAUCUUCGAUUCUGAUGCAAUUGGGGAGCUGUUGCCGGAGUACGAAAUUUCAGAGCAGAAUAUUUAGUUCUGCUUCUUCUGGUAGCAUUCCGGUGCUGGGCAGUGCGUUCCGGGUCGAAGCUAAGGCUGGUGGGAGAAAUGGGAGCGAUUUGGAAAGUAAUGGAAUUGCGGGUUCUCCACCUCUAAUCCAUAAAUGGCAUGAUGAGAAGAGGCCUAGGGUUUGCAUACUUGGUGGUGGAUUCGGAGGACUUUACACGGCACUGAGACUGGAAUCACUUGUUUGGAGGGAUGACAAAAGGCCCCAGAUUAUCCUCGUUGAUCAAUGUGAACGUUUUGUUUUCAAGCCCAUGCUAUAUGAGCUUCUUUCUGGGGAAGUGGACAUGUGGGAAAUCGCACCAUUAUUCUCUGAAUUGCUUGCAAACACAAACGUGCAGUUCUUUAGAGACAGGGUCAAAUGCCUAUAUCCACGUGACCAUUUACUUAAAAAUAUGCCUACAACAUCUGGCCCUGGAGGAAUUGUUCAUCUUGAAAGUGGCAUUGCUAUUGAAUAUGAUUGGUUGGUUCUUGCGCUAGGAGCUGAAGCCAAACUUGAUGUUACACCAGGAGCUUCCAAAUAUGCAUUGCCAUUUUAUACCCUAAAGGAUGCUCUUAAGGUUGAUGAAAAGCUACGAGAUCUUGAGCGUAAGAACUUUUGCAAGGAUUCUCCUAUACGCGUGACAGUGGUAGGAUGCGGUUAUGGUGGAGUUGAAUUAGCUGCUACUAUAUCUGAAAGAUUGGGAGAUAGGGGAGUUGUACAAGCCAUUAAUGCAGAAGAGACAAUAUUGCCGAAUGCUCCAGAGGGAAAUAGGGAGACUGCAUUAAGGGUUCUCUCAUCCCAGAAGGUUCAACUAUUACUUGGUUACGUUGUCAGUUGCAUAAGAAAAGAGGUCAAGGGUGAAAUAGAUUAUGAUGAUCCUGCAAAUAUUUUAUCUGUUCAUAAUGCUGCAACAGCUCAUUGUCCUGAAAGGAUAAUCCUGGAGUUACAGCCCUCUGGAAGAGAUUCGCAGGGUCAAAUUGUGGAAUCAGAUCUAGUUUUAUGGACUGUUGGGUCAAAGCCUCUACUUCCGGAGUUAGAUCUUGACGAUAAUUCAUAUGAACUUCCUCGCAAUGCUCGAGGACAUGCAGAAACAGAUGAAACUCUCCGAGUUAAGGGUCACCCACGCACAUUUGCAGUCGGUGAUGCUUCUGCAUUGAGAGACAAUAAUGGAAAAUUUCUUCCAGCCACUGCACAGGUUGCUCUCCAGCAAUCCGAUUUUGCAGGUUGGAACUUGUGGGCUGCUAUCAAUGGCCGGGCAUUGUUGCCAUUUAGGUUUCAAAAUUUGGGCGAAAUGAUGACUCUUGGCAAGUAUGAUGGUGCUGUUUCCCCGAGCUUCGUAAAUGGGGUUACCUUGGAUGGUCUUGUAGCUCACACUGCGAGAAAAAUAGCAUACUUGAUCAGAUUGCCAACGAAUGAGCACCGUGCAAAAGUUGGGUUCAGUUGGCUAGCUAAAUCAACUCUGGAUUCGUUGCAGAACAUGCUUAGCAAAGGGCUUUCAUGAAAUUAGAUUUAUACUAUGGGGGACAAAUUUUGUCUCUUUUAUGGUAUAACGGGCACAUGAUGGGACUCACUGCCUUUUGUUUGAUCAAAUAUACAGAACAAAAUAUUUAAUGGGGAAAUACAUCAAUUCAUAUACUCCGUACCUUAUUAUUGUAAAUAAUGUAUAUUUUUAUUAUUUCGCUUUUGUUUUUGUAUGAUUGACAAGAAUGAUGGAUUGGG